AUGAGUCCUGUGGCUUCAACGAGGUGGUGUCCGACGCCGGAGCAACUGAUGAUCUUGGAAGAGAUGUACCGGAGCGGUAUACGGACUCCGAAUGCGGUUCAGAUACAACAGAUCACAGCUCACUUGGCGUUCUAUGGUCGGAUCGAGGGUAAAAACGUCUUUUAUUGGUUUCAGAACCAUAAGGCUAGAGAUAGACAGAAGCUGAGGAAGAAGCUAGCCAAGCAACUUCAUCAACAACAACAUCAACUUCAACUCCAACUUCAACAAAUCAAACCAAAACCAAUAUCACCGAUGAUUAUGUCUCAACCAGAUAAUAAUAGUAAUAUCAUUGAUCAUCAUAAUCCUUACCAUCAUCAUCGCCCAUAUGAUCAUAUGUCUUUCACCUGCUGCUCUCACGCUUCUCCCAUGUGUCUUCCUCAUCCGGGAAAUGGAGGAGAAGCUCAAAACAAAGUGAUGAAUGAAUAUUAUUGCACCAAAAGUGGAGCUGAAGAGAUGUUGAUGCAUAAACCAAUCACGGGUCCAAACUCAUCGUACGGUCGAGAUUGGAUGAUGAUGAUGGAUAUGGGCCCACGACCAUCAUAUCCCUCAUCAUCAUCAACAUCAACAUCACCCAUUCCAUGUUGUAACAUGAUGAUGAGCAGUGCAAAGAUACCAUUGAAAACCCUUGAACUUUUCCCAAUCUCAUCCAUCAACUCAAAGCAAGACAGUACCAAAAUUUAAAGAAAAGACAACAAAUACAAAAGAGAUUCUGCAGGUGUUUCAUUCAUGUAUCAGUACUGUAUGAUGUGUCAAAGGGUAAGAAGAAAACACGUGUACUUGAGGGUAAAGUAAUAGCCGUUGGAUACAAUUCGUUGAAUAACUACACCUCUCUCUAUCUCUCCUUUCAUAUGUCUCUAUCUCCGCAUGCAGUAGAACUAGUGGGUAGUUUUAAUUAAUUUUGUUAAAAGUUUUUUUUUUUUUUUGUAAGAUCUUUGAUGGGGUUGGGAGUUAUUAUGAGUUGUUAAAAUGGGUGUCUUGGUUUCUGUAAUUGCAUGCAUGCAUGCAUGCAUGUGUAGGCUAUUGUCUUUAGGACUAGACAGUGAGAAAGAUCUCCUUUGUCUAA